AUGCAGAGAAAGCUUGGUAGAGGCUGGGCUUGGGCUGAUAACUAUUCUUGUUCUCAGAAAGGUAGAAUAUGGAUAGGAUGGAAAAAUGAUAGACUCACUUUGCAGGUUCUGUCUGUCAAUGAGAAAUAUGUGCAUUGUAUUAUCAGUUCUAAGGAUUUUCAGAAAGAAAUUUCUUGUACCUUUGUGUAUGGCUUACAUUCCAUUCAUGACAGGAAGGAUCUUUGGGCUGGCAUUAGAGGGUUGCAUACCCCUAAUCUUCCUUGGCUUUGUGCUGGGGAUUUCAAUUCAAUACUGCACACUGAUGAUAAAUUGAAUGGAACUGAAGUAACUAAUUAUGAAAUUAGGGAUUUCAGACAGUUUAUUGAUUAUAUGGAGUUUCUUGAGAUUAAGAGUAAGGGUUUCUUUUACUCUUGGUCUAAUAAGGUUAAAUUAGGGCUUAGAACUUGUACUAGGAUUGAUAGGGGCCUGGUUAAUCAGAAUUGGCUUACUCUCUAUGCUCAUGUUGAGGCUAUUUACUUGGCUUCUUCUUUAUCUGAUCAUAGUCUCAUGCUUUUUGAUGUCUUUACUUCUCUUCCUGGUAAGGGAAGACCUUUCAGAUUCCUUAAUUGUAUUGCCUCUCAUACUGAUUUUAAUGAUGCUAUUAAAGAAGCUUGGGAUCAUUCUGGCUAUGGUUCUGUUAUGGGUCAAGUAUGGAAUAAAUUGAAGAGUGUAAAAGCUAAAGUGAAGGAAUUGAAUAUUAAUCAUUUUAGUAAUGUGUUGAUGCUGCUCAGGCAGCUUUGGAAGAGGUCAAGUGAAAUAUUGAAGAUCUAUGUUCAAGAAAAUAUUUACAAGCAGAAAUCUAGAGUUGAAUGGAUCAAGUUGGGAGAUGGUAAUACUCACUAUUUUUUCUCUAUAAUGAAGCAUAGACAGAGUGUUAAUAGAAUUGAUUCUAUUUACACUACUUAUAAUACUUUGCUGAAGAAACCUGAUGAGGAAGAGCAUGAGAUUGUUGGGUUUUACAAGAAUUUGAUGGGAUCUGCUGCUAGUUCUUUGCCUGUAGUUGAUCUUGUUACUCUGAGAAAUGGAAGGCAACUGUCUGUUUCUGCUCAGCAAUCCCUUAUUGCUGAUGUGACUACAGGUGAGAUUGAUGAAGCUAUAAAAGGAAUUGAAGCCACCAAAGCUCCUGGUAUUGAUGGCUUUAACUCUUUCUUCUUUCAUAAGUCUUGGCAUAUUAUCAAGAAUGAUAUUUAUGUUGCUGUUUUUGAGUUCUUUAGAACUGGAGUUAUGUUUAAAGCCUGGAAUUGUACAGCUAUUACCCUGGUUCCUAAAGUUUAA